GCUGUCGCCGAGGUCUCCGUGCUGUCGCUGCUGCUCCUGCUGGCCCUGAGCAGCAACCUGCUGGUGCUGCUGGCGCUGCGCCCCCCGCCCCGCGCCCCGCGGGGUCCCGGGCAGCCCCCGGCCCGCCCGGCGCGGCCGCUCCGCCGCUACCUGCGGCACCUGAGCGUGGCGGACCUGGCGGCGGCGGCGGGGCUGGUGCUGCCGCAGCUGCUCUGGGACCUCACGGACCGGUUCCGCGGCCCCGACCCGCUCUGCCGCCUCACCAAGUACCUGCAGGGCGUCGCCAUGUUCGCCUCGGCCUACGUGGCCGUGGCCAUGGCCAGCAGGGACGGGGCACGGGGACGCAGGGACACCUGGGAUGGCACGUGGGAACCUGCGGGGGGCUGGGGACACGGGGACAGCACCGCUGCCACAUCCCCUCUGUGCCCCCCAGGGCCCUGUGCCACCCCCGUGUCCCCAACCCUCCGUGUCAGCCCAGUGCCACCGAGCCCCAAUGCCACCCCAAUGUCCCUCUAUGUGUCCCCAGUGUCCCCAAGCCCCAAUGGCAGCCCAAUGUCCCUCCAUGUCGCCCCAGUGUCCUUCCAUGUCACCUCAGUGCCACCGAGCCCCAAUGCCACCCCAAUGUCCCUCCAUGUGUCCCCAAGCCCCAAUGCCACCCCAAUGUCCCUCUAUGUGUCCCCAGUGUCCCCAAGCCCCAAUGGCAGCCCGAUGUCCCUUCAUGUCACCCCCAUGUCCCCAUCACCUCCCUUGUCACCCCAGAUGCCCACGAGGUCCCUGUCACAGGCCACCACGGCGGGGUCCGGGGCCACCGUGGGGGGAUCCGGGACGACCACGGGGGGAUCUGGGGCCACCACGGGGGGAUUUGGGGCCACCACAAAGACGAACUGGGCCACCACGGGGAUGCCUGAGCCCACCCCAGCUGGAUCUGGGGCCACCAUGGGGGACACCAGGACCACCACCCAGGGGACCGGGACCACCGCGGUGGGGUCUGGGGCUGUCCCGGCGCCGUCCGGGGCCACCACGGAGAGCUCCGGGGCCACCCCCCAGGGGACCGGGGCCACCGCGGCGGGCUCGGGGGCCGGCGGGCGCUGGUGGCGGGUGGCGUUGGCCCGGGCGGGCUCGGGGCUGGCCCGGGCGGGCUCGGGGCUGGCCCGGGCUCGGCGGCGCUGGGACGCGCUGGCCACGGCGUGGGCGCUGGCGCUGCUCUUCGGGCUGCCCCAGGUCGGCAUCUUCGGGCAGCGCGAGGUGGCCCCGGGCGAGAGCGACUGCUGGGCCACCUUCGCGCAGCCCUGGGGCGCCCGCGCCUAUGUCACCUGGGUGGCGCUGGCCGUGCUGGUGGCACCCGCCGUGCUGCUGGGGGUGCUGCUGGUGGCCGUGGCCCGCGCGCUCCGGGGGUCCCCCGGGGGUCCCGGGGGGCUCGGGCGGGCCCGGGCCAAGAGCCACCGCAUGGCCGUGGUGGUGCUGGGCGUGUUCGUGCUCUGCUGGAGCCCCUUCUUCUGUGCCCAGCUCUGGGCUGUGUGGGACCCCCGAGCGCCCCGAGAAGUGCCACCGAGCCCCAAUGCCACCCCAAUGUCCCUCUAUGUGUCCCCAGUGUCCCCAAGCCCCAAUGGCAGCCCAAUGUCCCUCCAUGUCGCCCCAGUGUCCUUCCAUGUCACCUCAGUGCCACCGAGCCCCAAUGCCACCCCAAUGUCCCUCCAUGUGUCCCCAAGCCCCAAUGCCACCCCAAUGUCCCUCUAUGUGUCCCCAGUGUCCCCAAGCCCCAAUGGCAGCCCGAUGUCCCUUCAUGUCACCCCCAUGUCCCCAUCACCUCCCUUGUCACCCCAGAUGCCCACGAGGUCCCUGUCACAGGCCACCACGGCGGGGUCCGGGGCCACCGUGGGGGGAUCCGGGACGACCACGGGGGGAUCUGGGGCCACCACGGGGGGAUUUGGGGCCACCACAAAGACGAACUGGGCCACCACGGGGAUGCCUGAGCCCACCCCAGCUGGAUCUGGGGCCACCAUGGGGGACACCAGGACCACCACCCAGGGGACCGGGACCACCGCGGUGGGGUCUGGGGCUGUCCCGGCGCCGUCCGGGGCCACCACGGAGAGCUCCGGGGCCACCCCCCAGGGGACCGGGGCCACCGCGGCGGGCUCGGGGGCCGGCGGGCGCUGGUGGCGGGUGGCGUUGGCCCGGGCGGGCUCGGGGCUGGCCCGGGCGGGCUCGGGGCUGGCCCGGGCUCGGCGGCGCUGGGACGCGCUGGCCACGGCGUGGGCGCUGGCGCUGCUCUUCGGGCUGCCCCAGGUCGGCAUCUUCGGGCAGCGCGAGGUGGCCCCGGGCGAGAGCGACUGCUGGGCCACCUUCGCGCAGCCCUGGGGCGCCCGCGCCUAUGUCACCUGGGUGGCGCUGGCCGUGCUGGUGGCACCCGCCGUGCUGCUGGGGGUGCUGCUGGUGGCCGUGGCCCGCGCGCUCCGGGGGUCCCCCGGGGGUCCCGGGGGGCUCGGGCGGGCCCGGGCCAAGAGCCACCGCAUGGCCGUGGUGGUGCUGGGCGUGUUCGUGCUCUGCUGGAGCCCCUUCUUCUGUGCCCAGCUCUGGGCUGUGUGGGACCCCCGAGCGCCCCGAGAAGGGCCCGCGUUCACCAUCCUGAUGCUCCUGGCCAGCCUGACCAGCUGCACCAACCCCUGGAUCUCGGCCGCCUUCAGCGCCAGCCUGGCCCGGGCCAUGGCGCGGCUGCUGUGCCCCUGCCGCCACCGCGGGGACACCGGGGGACAUCAGUGACAUCAGUGACACCAGGGGACAUCAGUGACACCGGGGACAUCAGUGACAUCACUGACACCGGGGGACAUCAGUGACACCGGGGGCAUCAGUGACACCGAGGACAUCAGUGACAUCACUGACAGUGACACGGGGCCAUGGCACGGCUGCUGUGCCCCUGCCGCCACCGCGGGGACACCGGGGACACCGGGUGACAGGGGUGACAUCGGUGGCACCGUGGUGACAUUGGGGACACCGUGGUGACAUUGGGGACACAGCGUGACAGGGGUGACAUCGGUGGCACCAUGGUGACAUUGGGGAGACAGGGUGGCACGGGGAGGGAGUGUCACACCGCGGGGGUGACACUGUGGGGGUCACAGGAGUGUCACCCAGGGGUCACCCGGGGGUCACCUGGGGGUCACUCAGUGUCAUCCAGGGGCCACUCGAGGUCACCCGGUGUCACCGUGGGGGUCACACGCAGUGGGGGAGGGGUCGCACGGAGAUUUGAGCUGGGGGGCGGGGCUUGCACGAGGGGACAAAAGGGGGGCCAACCCCCCUUGCUCUGUGGAAACCAAUCACCAAUAAAGCAGAAUUUUACCCCAAAUUUCCUCCUUUUUUUACCCCCAAAUUCCCAGAUUUUUACCCCAAAAUUUCCAAAUUUUUAUCCCAAAAUUUCCAAAUUUUUAUCCCACAAUUUUCCAGAUUUUUACUCAAAAUUUCCAGACUUUCACCCCAAAUUUUCUAAAUUCCUACCCCAACAUUUCCAGAUUUCCACCCCAAAUUUUCUAAAUUCCUACCCCAAAAUUUCCAGACUUUCACCCCAAAUUUUCUAAAUUUCUACCCCAAAAUGUCCAGAUUUCCACCCCAAAUUUUCUAAAUUUCUACCCCAAAAUUUCCAGACUUUCACCCCAAAUUUUCCAGAUUUUUACCCCAAAAUUUCCAGACUUUCACCCCAAAUUUUCUAAAUUGCUACCCCCAACGUUCCCAGAUUUUUACCCCAGCAUUUCCAAAUUUUCACCCCAAAUUUUCCAGAUUUUCACCCCAAAUUUUCCAGACUUUUACUCAAAAUGUCCAAACUUUUAUCCUCAAAUUUCCAGGGUUUCAUCCCAAAAUUUCCAAAUUUUUACCCCAGCAUUUCCAGAUUUUUACCCCCAAAUUUCCAAAUUUUCACCCCAAAUUUUCCAGAUUUUCACCCCAAAUUUUCCAGACUUUUACUCAAAAUGUCCAAACUUUUAUCCUCAAAUUUCCAGGGUUUCAUCCCAAAAUUUCCAAAUUUUUACCCCAGCAUUUCCAGAUUUUUACCCCCAAAUUUCCAAAUUUUCACCCCAAAUUUUCCAGCCCCCCUGGCACUUUUGGGGUCCCAGCCACCCCUUUUGGGGUCCCUC